GUGAGGCUGUGAUGGAGGGGAACAAGACCCAAGUGACAGAGUUUUUUCUCAAAGGAAUAACAGAUCGUCCAGAUCUGCAAGUCCCCCUGUUCCUGGUGUUCUUGUUGAUUUAUGUCACUACCAUGGUGGGCAACCUUGGGUUAAACUUUCUCAUCUGGAAGGACCCCAACCUUCAUACCCCCAUGUACCUGUUCCUUGGACAUUUAGCUUUUGCUGAUGCAUGUAUUUCAUCCUCUGUCACUCCAAAGAUGCUUAUGAAAUUUUUAAAUAAGAAUGACAUGAUAGCUCUGGGUGAGUGUUUUGCCCAAUAUUAUUUUUUUUGUUACAGUGCAACCACAGAAAUUUUCCUACUGGUAGCAAUGGCUUAUGACCGCUAUGUGGCCAUAUGCAACCCUUUGCUCUAUCUAGUGGUGAUGUCCAAAAGGCUCUGCACUUUGUUAAUUAGCCUAUCAUAUAUAAUCGGUUUUGUAAACUGUGCAAUUAAUAUAGGGUUAUUAUUUAGGUUAACCUUCUGUAGGUCCAAUAUAAUAGAUCAUUUUUACUGUGAAAUCCUGCCACUCUAUACAAUUUCUUGCACUGAUCCAUCUCUUAAUACACUGGUGGUGUUUAUUUGUGCUUCUUCUAUACAAAUUAGUACUUCUGUUACUAUUGUAGUCUCUUAUGUCAGAAUCUUAUUUGCUGUGAUGAAAAUGAAGUCUUCGAAGAGCAGAAGGAAAGCCUUCUUCACCUGCAGUGCCCAUCUUUUCUCUGUCUCUAUGUUCUAUGGCACUCUGCUCUUCAUGUAUGUGAGCCAUGGCUCUGGACCAGGGAAACAGCAGAACAAGGUGUAUUCGCUCUUCUAUACCGUUGUAAUUCCUCUGCUAAAUCCCUUUAUUUAUAGUUUAAGAAACAAGGAAGUUUUAGGUGCUCUGAGGAAACACAUAAAAUUAUAACCUUU